UUGCCCCGCUGCUUGGGGAACUUUCCCGCCGAAGCUCCGCGCCUGCAAAAGCGGUGCCUGCCGGCGCCUGCCGCCCUCUGCUCCCCGCGCCGCUCCGCUCCGAGGUUACUGCAUGGAAUGGUUCCUCAGAGAAAAAGCAAGGGCUGAAGGUCUGUGGAAAACCAAAUCCUGCGGUCUUCAGAAAUGAGGAGAGAUGCAGCCUUCUGAAGUGGUCAUGACCCCCAGACAAGUCUUCCUGUCAGUGCUCAUGUUUGGGGUCGCAGGGCUGCUCCUCUUCAUGUACCUGCAAGUCUGGUUUGAAGAACAGCGCACAGAAACUUUUCUGAGCCUCUUUUCUCCACUGGAAAAUGGAAGUAAUUAUCAUCUCCUCCAUGGAGUUAUUGUGAAGACUAAAUUAAAUGAUGUUCAAGUGUCAUUAGAGUGCCCAAUUCGUGGGAGAGUGGAGAAGAGAAGAGAACAAAGAGCAACUUCAGGAUGGGGACCUACACACUACUUGCGGCCUCUACCCAGAAUCAUGACUAGAGAAAAAAUCCAGGAAUAUAUCACCAACCAGAACCCCAAGUCCCACAUGCCCAGGGAUCGCAAGGAGAAAACAGAAAAUCUCCUACUCCACUCUGAGAAGCCCACUCGGGUCUUAACAGAGACCAGCCACCCACAAGGUGAGGCACGAGCCUUGGGUAGGACCACAGGGUCACCAACAGUUAAGUUGACUGAAAGACAUCAAGGGACUAAUACCCUUUUCAGGAAGUUCAGCGAAAUGAAGUGGCCAAUGGAUGUUCGCCCUUUAAACAAAAGCUUAGUCAGUGAUGGCAAAUGGAAGAGAGCUGAUGCAACUCAAGAAAAACGCCGGUCCUUCCUUCAGGAAUUUUGCAAGAAAUAUGGCGGGGUGAGUCGCCCUCAGUCACAUCUUUUUCACAUGGUAUCCAGGAUCUAUGUGGAAGACAAACACAAAAUCUUAUAUUGUGAAGUGCCGAAAGCUGGCUGUUCCAACUGGAAGAGAGUUCUAAUGGUACUCAGUGGCUUGGCUCCCUCUGCGGACAACAUCUCUCAUGAUGCUGUUCACUAUGGGAAGCAUUUGAAAAAGCUCGACAGCUUUGACUUAAAAGGGAUUCAUACUCGUUUAAACACCUACAUCAAAGCUGUGUUUGUUCGUGAUCCCAUGGAAAGGUUGGUAUCAGCAUUUAGGGACAAAUUUGAACACCCCAAUAGUUACUACCAUCCUGUGUUUGGGAAGGCAAUCAUAAAGAAAUACCGGCCGAAUGCCUGUGAGGAGGCAUUAAAUAAUGGCUCUGGAGUCAAAUUCAAAGAGUUCAUUCACUAUUUGCUGGAUUCGCACCGUCCAGUAGGCAUGGACAUCCACUGGGAAAAGGUCAGCAAACUCUGCUAUCCGUGUUUGAUCAGCUAUGAUUUUGUCGGGAAAUUUGAAACUUUGGAAGAAGAUGCCAAUUACUUUUUACAGCUGAUUGGAGCUCCGAAAGAGCUGAAAUUUCCCAACUUUAAGGAUCGACACGCUUCUGAUAGAAGAACCAAUGCUCAGGUGGUGAGACAGUAUUUAAAGGAUCUGACUAGAACUGAGAGACAAUUAAUCUAUGACUUUUAUUCCUUGGACUACUUGAUGUUUAAUUAUACAACUCCGUUUUUGUAGGUUGCAUUCAUUUUCUAACAUCCUGUACUUACGUCGUGAUGAGGGCCUGAAAUCAGCUAGCUGUAAUUUUCCUAUAAUUCUCUGUAUGAGAGAAAUUCAACCAAGUGCAGUUGUCUUGAUUUAAUGACGAGUUCUACCAAAUAGUAUGAAACCAACUGGCACAAAGUUAUAGGAAAAUUACCUAACAGAGACAUGCAAACAACUCCAGUUGCUCUAAAAUGUUUGGAAAAGAGCCGCUUUUGCGGUACGAAUUAUAUUAUAGAAGCAGUAACCUAGCCAGUUGCUACGUGAGCCACAGCAGCCUCGUGCAGUGCUAGGAAGGGGGUUCUGAAAUAGCAUGAGCGUGUGUCUCCAUUCUGGGCUGUGUUGUCUGAAGUGCAUGGAGAUACUGUUAGCAGUUUGUGGCAUAUGAAUCAAAUAUCGGAUGGCUUUCUUAGACCCUUGGAAAUCUUUCUAUCAGCUAUAAUGAUAAACAAAUUUCAAAAUGGUAUUUUGGACCUGAGCAUUUUACUUUAGAUUGGAAGGCAUCAUAUGAUUUAUAAUAUGAGAAUAUAGCAGAAAAACCAGAUGAGGCUGUGGCUUUUAAUACUCAGCAGCCAAUAAAAAAAAAAAAGCACAACAUGCUAAGAUCAAAGCAACAAAGGCAACCUUCCUGUUCCAGAAAAACUUCAGGAAAUUGUGUCUUCUUUUGAGCUCUCUUUGCAGAGACAAAAUGAACAUAACCACUAGAGGUCUUCACUUCUGAAGCAGGCGGUGGAGAAGUUUAAGCCCCAUUGGAUAGAAAUGUGCUCCUAAUUCUGGUUUAAUGGGGGGUGGAGGUGCGGGAACUUGUUUCAGGAUGGAAUGAUCAUCAAAAACAAAAGUUGCUAGUCUGCAUAUAGACCUCAAACGAUAACAAAGUUUUGUAAGAGCAUUCAUUAUUUGAAUCAAAGCAUCACGUGCAUGGCUUUAUGUGGGAAAUAUACUCAAAGAAUAGCUUUUGUUUUCAGUCUAAUUAUUCGGCUUGGGAAUGCUUUUUUGAAAACGAAUAUACCACUUCAAAGAUAGGUUAUGUUCUAGAGAAUAAACAUAACAAGAGCCCCUAGAAAAGUUUUUUAAUAGGCUUAUGCAUAUACAAAUUAAGGUCUUUUCUUUUCAAGUUUAACGAUUCUCUAUUUAAGAGAGUCAAGUACGACUGCAUUCAGAUAUUAAAUCAGAGUCUCUGGAAAAUAC